ACACACACUCACCAGCCUGGACACACACAGACCUCAACACACACGGACCGCCUCAAAUCCACGUGAAGUAAAGGGUACGACUGGAUUAUAGCUCUGAUCAUUUCAUCCCACGCUCCAUAGCCCAACUGCCCAACUGUAUCACUCUGAGGAUCAACCAGCUGUGAAACACCUGUCCCAUCAGUGCUCCAGCCCAUCUACUUUGCCCCCUUAUUUUUCUUUCUCUCUCUUUCUAUUACAGCUCUUCUCCCACCCUUUUUCCUCUGCUCUCCUCGCUGUGCUUGUAUUUUUGUCCCCGCUCAGCCCAUGACCACGGUGCUGUCUCCAUGGCUUUCUCAUCACGCUUUUCAUUCUGGGAAAAAAAGGUUAAAGAUGAAAACCCUCCAGGCUCCAAAAGUCCAAAUUCAGACAGUGAUUGCAGCAUGAGUACUCAGUCUCAGUCUGUGGUGGAUGGAGGGGGUGGUGGAGAAGGUCGUGAGCCUCCAGCCUCUCACAGGGUUUUGGAUCCUUCUGCAGAGCCGAGAAGCAAUAGCAACAUCGCUGGCCCAAGCCAGACACGCAGGGUAGUGAGUAGGGUUAAAGAGGAACCUACACCUAACACUGUGCCCAACAAAGCUGCCUCUACUGCCACCUCAGUACCCAAAUCCAGUAAACCCUCACAUGAUGACGAUAUCUCUGUGGGGCUCGCCAGUCUUAUGGGGCGUGGGAGAACCAAAGAUCACCGAGCUCGGUCCAGAGCUGGAAGGGAGGCAAAGGAGACGGACGAAAAUCCCAAACCAGUGGAGGAGACAAAACAAGAAGCCUCUGAUAACACUCCCUCUCCUCCUCCUGCCCAUGCUGUGACAAAAUCUGACACCGCUCCAACUGUUGCCUGUGGUCCUGCCACUAAACCAGGUCCCGUCAACCCGUCUGCUGACUCCAUCCCAAAAGCUAAACCAGAUCCAUUAGCUCCACCUCCUGGUUUCAUCCCAGCCCCUAAACCCAAGCCGCUUUCCUCACCUACUAGUUUUAGCCCACCUCCUAAGCCAGACCCCCUAGCCCCACCUGUUGGGUUUGUGACUGCUCCAAAGCGAGACCCUUUUUCCCCAGUGGCAGGGUUUAUCCCCAGGGCUAAAGUGGAUCUUCUAGCACCCCCUGCAGGUUUUAUUCCUGCUCAGCGACCUUCUGCAGUCCGUAAACCUGAGGUAAAGGGAGCAUCUCAGUCUCCUGCACCAGCUGGGAAGCCCAUCUCUAGGGCCACUGCUGUCAGACAACAGAAACCUCUACUGGUCCCCACUGAGGAGAAUCAUAAGCGUCUGGAGCAGGUCCUCACUCUGGACAAACCCGUGAAGGUGGAGGAGGACCCCGUGUCUGUCCUGCAAGCGGCUCACGCGGCUGCUUUAUCACCCAAGGUGAAGACCGAGGAGCAGAUAGCUGCAGAACGAGCCUGGUUUGGCACAGAGAAAGUAUGGCUGGUUCACAAAGAUGGCUUUUCUUUAGCGACCCAGCUGAAGUCGGAGGAGGGAAGCGUUCCAGAAGGGAAAGUAAAGAUCCGGUUGGAACAUGAUGGAACAGUUUUGGAAGUGGAUGAAGACAAUGUCGAAAAGGCGAACCUUCCCUCAUCUGACCGUGUGGAGGAUCUGUCUUCGCUGCUCUACCUGAACGAAUCCAGCAUCAUGCACUCACUACGACAGCGCUACGGAGGAAACCUCAUCCACACCUACACAGGGCCUAACAUAGUGGUUAUCAACCCUUUUAGUGCACCAUCCAUGUACUCAGAGAAGGUGAUGCACAUGUUUAAAGGUUGCCGCAGAGAGGACACGGCUCCGCAUAUCUACGGUGUAGCCCAGGCCGCAUACCGAAAACUUUUGACCACACGUCAGGACCAGUCCAUCGUACUCCUGGGUAAAAGCGGCAGUGGAAAAACCAUCAACUGCCAACACCUGGUGCAGUACCUGGUAACCAUCGCAGGUAGCAACAGCAAGGUGUACUCAGCUGAGAAGUGGCAAGCUGUUUACACCAUUCUUGAGGCAUUUGGAAACUGCAGCACAUCUAUGAACGGGAACGCCAGCCGCUUUUCCCACAUCGCUUCUCUGGACUUUGACCAGGCUGGUCAGGUGGCUUCCGCUUCAAUCCAGACGAUGUUGCUGGAGAAGUCGAGAGUGACACGGCGACCUGAAGCCGAAUCCACAUUCAACGUUUUCUAUUACAUGAUGGCAGGAGCUGACAGUUCUCUAAAAACUGAGCUGCACUUCAACCACUUUGCUGAGAAUAGCGCAUUCGGGAUCCUGCCUCACUUCAAGCCUGAAGAGAAACAAAAAGCCACUCAGCAGUUCUCUAAACUCCAGGCUGCAAUGAAGGUAUUGAACAUUUCUGCAGAAGAACAGAGAACCUUCUGGCUGGUGUUGGGUGCCAUCUACCAUCUAGGGGCUGCAGGAGCUACCAAAGAGUCAGAUGAAGCCGGCCGUAAGCAGUUCGCCAGACAUGAAUGGGCUCAAAAAGCGGCGUAUCUUCUGGGCUGCAGUCUGGAACAACUCUCGUCGUCCAUCUUCAAACCCCAGGCCAAGGGAACGCUGUCACGAAAUACCAGCAUUCGCCAGGGGCCUGAGGACUCUGGAGACAGCUCAGGGUCCAAGGCCACGGCAAUGGAGUGUUUGGAGGCCAUGGCUUCCAGUUUAUACUCUGAGAUUUUCACUCUCCUGAUCUCCCUCAUCAACAGAGCUCUGAAGUCGACACAGAAGCACUCGCUGUGUUCUGUGCUGAUUGUAGAUACUCCAGGCUCCCAAAAUCCUCGACAGGCCAAGAGCGAGAGAGGUGCAACCUUCGAGGAGCUCUGUCACAAUUACACUCAGGAGCGACUGCAGGCUCUCUUCCACCAGCACACAUUUGUGCAAGAACUGGAGCGCUACAAGGAGGAAAACAUUGAGCUCACUUUAGACGACAUGGAGCAGAGUCCUUCUCUGUCUGUUGCUGCUGUAGACCAGGCAUCCAGUCAGGCUUUGGUACGGACACCAUCGAGGACAGACGAGGCGAGGGGGCUGCUUUGGCUGAUGGAAGAGGAGGCAUCGAACCCAGCAGGAUCAGAGGACGCAUUAGUAGAAAGACUCUUUAGCUAUUACGGCCCUGCAGAAGGAGAGAGCAAAGGGCAAACACUGCUGCUGAAGAGCGAACGGCCACAACACUUUCUGCUCGCCCACAGCCAUGGCACAGACUGGGUGGAGUAUGAUGCCCGUGGUUGGCUGAACAUUGCCAAGCAAAACCCUACCUCCCAGAAUGCAGUCAGUCUACUACAGAAUUCACAGAAGAAAAACAUCAGCGCCUUGUUUAUGGGCCGCUCCAGCAGUGUGACUGUGCUGUCAGGUUCGAUCGCCGGUCUAGAGGGCGGCUCUCAACUCGCUCUGCGUCGUGCAACCAGCAUGAGGAAGACCUUCACCACCGGUGUGGCUGCGGUGAAGAAGAAGUCCCUUUGCAUACAGAUCAAGCUCCAAGUGGAUGCGCUGCUGGACACAGUCAAAAGGUCAAGGGUUCACUUUGUGCACUGCCUGCUGCCUAAGAUGGAUGUUUUAAGAAGUUCCAGUUCUGCUGAGCUCCAGGGUGAGAGCUGCGAUCCAGGUCUCAUGCAGCUGGACGUGUCCCUACUGAGAGCUCAGAUCCGGGGCAUGAAGCUUCUGGAUGCUCUCCGUAUUUACAGACAAGGUUAUCCAGACCACAUGGUGUUUUCUGAGUUCCGCCGUCGCUUCGAUGUCAUGGCUCCACACCUGACCAAAAAACUUGGCCGUAACUACAUUGUAAAGGAUGAGAAGAGGGCUGUAGAGGAGUUGCUGGAGUCUCUGGACCUGGAGAAGAGCAGCUAUCAUAUGGGCCUAAGCAGGGUGUUUUUCAGAGCGGGUACUUUGGCUAAACUAGAGGAGCAGAGAGAUGAGCAAACCAAACGAAACAUCACGUUGUUCCAGGCUGCCUGCAGGGGUUACCUGUCUCGCCAAGCCUUCAAGAAGAGGAAGGUCCAGGACCUGGCAAUCCGCUGCAUCCAAAAGAACAUCAAGAAGAACCGGGGGGUGAAGGAUUGGCCCUGGUGGAAGCUCUUCACCACCGUGCAUCCUCUCGUCGAGGUCCAGCUGAGCGAGGAGCAGAUCCGAGGCAAAGAUGAGGAGAUCCAGCAACUGAAAGCAAAGCUCGAGAAGGUGGAAAAGGAGAGGAACGAGCUGAGGCUGAACACAGAUCGGCUGGAGAGCAAAAUCACAGAGCUAUCAACAGAGCUGUCAGAUGAGAGGAACACUAGCGAGUCUGCAUCCCAGCUGUUGGAGACGGAGACGGCUGAAAGACUGCGUUUGGAGAAGGACAUGAAGGACCUGCAGACAAAGUUUGAGGAAAUGAAAAAGCAGAUGGGAAGCAUGGAGGUGGAGGUAAUGGAGGCACGGCUUAUUAGAGCGACAGAGCUUAAUGGAGAGCUGGAUGACGGCGAAAAUGGUGGUGAAUGGAAGCUGAAGUACGACCGAGCAAUCAGAGAAAUAGACUUUACCAAGAAGAAAUUACAGCAGGAGUUUGACGACAAGUUGGAGGCUGAACAGCAGAACAAGAGGCAUUUAGAGAGAAAGCUCACUGACUUGCAGGCUGAUCAGGAGGAGACCCAGCGCUCUCUACAGCAGGCGAAGAAGAAAAGCCAGAGAAUAAUGGCUGAGCUCCAGGACACCAAACUGCACCUGGAGAACCAGCAGAGCCGCAACCACGAUCUGGAGAAAAAGCAGAGAAAGUUUGAUUUGGAGCAGACCCAGGCUCAGGAUGAGGUGCAGAGAGAGAGGGCACAGCGGGAGAAACUGGCUAGAGAAAGGGAUGUGCUGACUGGAGAAGUGUUUACAAUCAGACAGCAGCUGCAGGAUAAGGAGCUGGAGCUGUGUGGGCUGAAUGUGAAGGUGGAACAGCUGGAGGCCGAGCUACAAGAUCUCUCCUCUCAGGAGUCAAAGGAUGAGGCAUCAUUGGCCAAGCUGAAAAAGCAGCUACGUGACCUUGAGGCAAAAGUCAAAGACCAGGAAGAGGAGCUGGAUGAACAGGCUGGAACCAUCCAGAUGCUGGAGCAGGCUAAGCUGCGUCUGGAAAUGGAGAUGGAGAGGAUGAAGCAGAUGCAUUCAAAGGAGCUUGAGAGCAAAAAUGAAGAAGUAGAGGAGAUCAGACAGUCAUGUAGUAAGAAGCUGAAACAAAUGGAAAUGCAGUUGGAGGAGGAGUAUGACGAUAAACAGAAGGUUCUGAGAGAGCGGAGAGAGCUGGAGAGCAAACUGCUGAACGCUCAAGACCAGGUGUGCCAAAGGGAUGUGGAGACGGAAAAGCGUCUGAAAAAGGAUUUGAAGCGCACCAAGGCCUUGUUGGUUGAUGCUCAGCUCAUGCUCGAUCAUCUCAAGAGCAAUGCACCAAGCAAGAGAGAGAUCUCACAGCUGAAGAAUCAGCUGGAGGAAUCAGAGUUUACCUGUACAGCAUCUGUGAAAGCUCGCAAGUCCAUGGAGCUGGAGAUCGAGGACCUACACAUGCAGAUGGAGGACAUUUCCAAAGCCAAGAUUUCACUGGAGGAACAGAUAAGCAGGCUGCAGCGAGAAAAGAAUGACCUGCAGUCACGUCUGGAGGAGGACCAGGAGGACAUGAACGAGCUGAUGAAAAAGCACAAGGCAGCUGUGGUCCAGUCUUCUAGGGACUUGACUCAGAUCAGUGACCUGCAGGCUCAGAUGGAGGAGGCCGCAAAGGAGAAGCAGGAGCUCCAAGAUAAGCUCCAGUCUGUGCAGAGCCAGCUAGAGUUCCAGGAGCAGUCAAUGGUGGAGAAGUCUCUGGUCAGCAGACAGGAAGCCAAGAUUCGCGAGCUAGAGACCAAGCUGGAGUACGAGCGCACACAGAUCAAACGCCUGGAGGCCCUGGUGACACGACUGAAGGAGAACCUCGAGAAGAUGGCUGAGGAGAGGGACCAGCGCUUAGCUGGCGAGAACCGGGAGAAAGAGCAGAACAAGCGCAUGCAGCGGCAGAUUCGCGACAUCAAAGAGGAAAUGACCGAGCUGGUCAAGAAAGAGGCUGAGGCCAGCCGCAAAAAGCAUGAACUGGAAAUGGACAUCGAGAGCCUGGAAGCAGCCAAUCAGAGCCUGCAGGCGGACCUCAAGCUGGCCUUUAAGAGGAUUGGCGAUCUGCAAGCUGCCAUCGAGGAUGAGAUGGAAAGUGAUGACAAUGAUGACCUCAUUAAUAGUUUGCAAGACAUGGUGACAAAGUAUCAGAAAAGGAAGAACAAAAAUGGAGAGGAUUCUGAUAUGGACUCUGAGGUGGAAGACCGCGUGGACGGGGUGAAGUCCUGGCUCUCAAAAAAUAAGGGCUCCACCAAGACCUUAACAGACGACGCCAACUUAAAAGCCCCCAGCCUUAAAUAUCCUAAUGCAGCCAAUGCUGAUGUAAAAGACAUAAAAGAAGGGAAGGAGGGUAAAGAAGGUCAUGAUGGGAAAGAAGGGUAUAAAGAUGGCAAAGACACUGAAAUUAGAUCAGUCUCUGUGAUGAGCUCACUUAGCUACAGGAAGCGCUCAAAUCUGAAGGACUCAAUUGGAGGCACUGGGGAUGAGAGCUCCCUUUUUAGUACCCUAAAAGUGGAACCAGACACCCCAGAUCGCUCAUCACUACGCAGAGCUAAGAACAAGUCCAGUGAGAACGCAGGAGAUGACCUAGAUGAUCGGGGGUCUGUUAUCUCUCAAGCUUACUCUGAAGCCACCAGCAGAGCCAGGAAAGGUCUUGAACGGCGAUGGACCAAAAAUACUCAAGAGUUCGACAAGGAGUCUGUCGUGUCUUCAGUGGCCCCUAGCAGAACUUCGUUCCGUCGUGGACUCGACCAGGACAACGAUGCUAGCUCCACGGUAAGCGGUUACAGUGCUCGACGAAGUGCAUCAUGGAUGGAGGACAGUCGAAGCGACUGUGGGUCUGCAGUGAGCCCUGGCUUAAGCCGCCGCUCUGGAGGACGAAGCCCUGGGAGCAUCAGCGUCAGCUCCCGGACUUCACUAGCACGCAGCAGCCGGCUUAGUGAAUUUGGUGUUAACUUGGCAGAUAAUGAUGAUACCCUGAGUGUGGCCUAUAGUGAAGGUGGAAUUUCAUCCUAUAGUCCUCGAUCUCUAGGCCGAAGCCUUUCCAGCCCUGCACAGAGCCGCUCCGCUGGGGGUGAAGCACUCGAUGACACAGACAUUAAGCCUGUCAGUCACCGAAACUACCUUGACCCCGAUCUGGAAAAAGCCAUCAACGAAGUUCUCAGCUUUAAACCCAUUAAGUUCAAGCGCCGUAGUCUGGAGGACUCGGAAGAAGAGAAAGGGGGAGAAGGAGAAGAGGAGGAUGACACGAAGAGCAUACGCAGUGUGAAGAGCUCCCUGAAGUAUGACGACGAUGAUGAUGAUCUGCACAGAAGCACAUCUAGACUUCAGCGUUCUGCAUCUGGCUCAGCACUGGACUACACCCGCUCUUCAAGCAGUUUCAGCUCUCGUAGCAGUAGCCGCAAAGCAAAGAAGAAGAAGAACCGAGACUUGGAUUCGGAGAGCUCGUCAGCUGACGAACACAGAAAGGGCUCCAAGAAGAAAGGGAAGAAGGGCUCUAGGAAAGGGAAGAAAAAGGAAAGUGAAUCAGAAUCGUCUGAGUCAUCCGACUCAUCUUCCAGCUCCAGUUCUGGUGUGUCCUAUCGUAGUUCCAACAGUAUAAAGAAGUGCCCGGGCCGUGGUGUUGCAGGAUCUGACGAGGAAGCAGGGUUAGAUGCAGAAGAGAGACCCUCUAGCAGGAAACAAGAGAGGAAGAAGAAGAAGAAGAAAAUGGACAACCUGGUGAUGAAGUAUCUCUACAGGCCUGAUAGUGAUUAAAACCAGGAAAUGCAGCAGGAGACACCUGAGCCGGACUGAUGAAGAGGUAGGUGAGGAGGAGAAUGAUCGCCAGCAGACCCUCAUUGCUGAUGGAGGAGGUGAAUCCAGACUUUCAGAGACUACAGCAUAAAGCUAAACUAUCAACACAUGCACUGGAUCAUGUCCCAGGGGAAAUCUUCACCACUUCAGACUCAGACUCCGAGACCUAGAUGUUUUUUACUUGUCUGUUCCGCACAUAGCCAAAAGACAACGCUAGAGUACGUUAUUAAUGUUAUUUACUUUUAUAGGAGUUAAGGAUUUCAAGACAUAAAAAGAAGCGUGAAGUCUGCAAGCAUUCUUCUUUUCACAUCCAUCACCUGGACCUUUCCUCAGAAAGGUCCGUUUUCAAGAAGUAACAAAGUAUCACAUCAUCUAUUAGAUGAUUACAAUUCUUAGAUUAAAAAAAUGAAGUGUUUUUGUUCUUGAAAGUCACAGAGAUGUAGACAUCUUACAUUAUGAGCUCCUCGCGCCUUUCUCUCCUUGCUUUAGCAAUACAAUGUUCUCUGUAGGAAACGCUUGCCAUCAUCAGCCUCAGAAGACAAACAAUAUCUUUAUUAUUAUGAGGAAAGAAAUCUUGAGCUUUUUUUUUUUGGUUUUGAAAAAAUGUGCUUCUGAUCAGACAGCUGCUGUGUGGUGGUUGUGGAUUUUGCCUUUAAUCUUUAUCACUUAUCAAGCCUUGCUCUGAGAUCUUAUUUAGUUGUGUAUCUUCCUCUCGUCUUAGGAAACAUUGCUUUUUUUCUUUUAUUUUCACUUGGGAUUAUAAGGAUAUUUAAGGAUUAUAUGCAGACUACUAACUGUUAAGUGUGGGAUUAUGUAAUGCCUGCAUAUGCACUUGGCAAGAAGCAAAAUAUUUGGAAAUGUUUUUCAAAAUAUAAUUUUACAUGAUUUCAAUCAUUCGGCCCUAUAUAUCAAUGAACUGCUGCAAUGAGGAUUUGUUCCUAUCAAUAUUGUAAUAUUUGCCAAAUAUUAAUUAUGGACUGGUGGUGGAAAAAAUCUCGGAAGUGUGUAUGCGAAGACACACUGGUUAUGUGGACAAAUCAUGGGUAAUUUUGUGUGCUCAAGCAUGAAAUGGGGAAGAAUAUAAUGUGUUGAGUGGACAAGCUGUUAGCGCAGCUUUGCUUCGUUUCCCUCUUCCAUGUUUCCUAUGCAUCAGUACGUUUUAUUGUGAAGCUGCAUAAAAUGACACUUUGUGUCCGUUCCUGUUGUGGCUUAUGCAAUAAACGAGAAGGGAUUAAGAAUAUAUUUAAAACGUCUUUUAAAACGUUUACAUAAUGUCAAAUGAUAUUUGGAUUAGUUUUAUUGUAAAUAAAUAUUUGUGAUUGUUUA